GUACCACGUGAAUAUGUUAACUUCAAAACGCUGGGAAUGCUGUGUGAUAGUGUAUUAAUUUCACGAAACGAUUAAACUUGGCCGCAAAGGAAAAGUGGUGGUGUCUGCCAAAUAAGAAUUUCUGGUAUCCAGAGAAUUGGGAAAAAUGGCCAGCCGAAUGAAAGCGUUAUACAACCAGGUUAUCUUUGAGAGGCGAAUUCUUCUUGGUUGCACCGUACUUGUCGGUCUAUCGGUGUGCAUAUGGUCGGUCGCCAUUGGGACCGACCAUUGGUUCACACUUGAAGCACCGGAUAAAGAAGGUUUACCCCUUGGGGACCCGACUAAAGGUAGAAGAUUGAUCUACAAACACAUGGGUCUUUGGAGAGGCUGCGUCCGUGGAAUCAUACCGAAGUCCGAAAAUUCAACCGAGAUGGUUCCUUUUCACGAGUGUAAGAAUCUGGAUAUGUUUCCCACUGAAAAACAGUUUAAACUGGACCCAGGAUUGAACACCGUUGUCAACUAUUCGAGGACACAGGUAUCGUUUGCGUUAAUCAGUUUGUUCAUAAUGAUAAUGGGCUUUUGUUUCUCCAUUUACACCUUCCGCAACCCACGAUAUAUGUUCAAGCGACUGGCAGGUGGAAUACACUUCAUUAGCGCCGCUUGUAACAUGGUGGUGAUACAAGUACUUCUGUCCUCGAUCGAGUUCGAGAGUAAACACGUUAACCUGACGUACCCAAGGGGUGCAAUCAUGAGAUACGACUUCUCUUUGAUUCUCGCCUGGAUCGUCUUUCUCUGCAACUUGCUCUCUGGAUGCGCAUUCAUGGUGUUCUCGAGGAAAAGGAAGAGGGACAAAGCACCGACAGAAGAGAUUGCGAUGGCCGACGAACCGACCAUAAUCGGUCGUUGA